AUGACUUCAGACACGAAAAAACGAAUAAACUACUUCUAUGAUGAAAAAAUUACAGAGUAUUUUCAUGGCUCUGGACAUCCAAUGAAGCCAAUGCGCGUGAAAAUGACUCAUUCCUUAGUGAUGGCUUAUGGAUUAUAUAAAAAGAUGGAGAUUUUUAGAGCCAGACCAGGGAUAGUUGAUGAAUUAACACAAUUCCACACGGACGAGUAUAUUGCUUUCCUUGGAAAAGUGACACCGAAUAAUGCGGAUGAUCAUUUAAAAGAGCAAGUCAAAUUCAGCGUCGGUGAUGAUUGUCCUGUCUUUGACGGAUUGCUCGAGUAUUGUCAGAUAACAGCUGGUGGCUCUCUUGAGGGUGCUGCAAGAUUAAAUUAUGGACUAUGUGAUAUAGCGGUUAAUUGGGCAGGUGGUCUACAUCACGCAAAGAAAGCAGAAGCCAGUGGAUUUUGUUACGUUAAUGAUAUAGUAAUAGCAAUACUUGAGCUUUUAAGGCACCAUUCACGCGUCUUAUAUAUUGAUAUUGAUGUUCACCAUGGUGAUGGGGUUGAAGAAGCAUUCUACACUACCGACAGAGUGAUGACAUUAAGUUUUCAUAAUUAUGGAGAUUUCUUUCCGGGAACUGGUGAUAUUCAUGAUAUUGGCUACGGUAAAGGGAAAUACCAUGCUGUAAAUGUUCCGCUUCGGGAAGGAAUUGACGAUGUAACUUAUAAAACGAUUUUCGAACCCAUUGUAACCCACGUGAUAGAAUGGUAUCAACCUUCUGUGAUUGUGCUUCAGUGUGGUGCUGAUUCUCUAUCUGGUGAUCGGCUAGGCACUUUUAAUUUGACCACGAGAGGACACGGUGACUGUGUUCGCUUUGUUAAAAAGUUUAAUAUUCCGAUGUUGGUGUUGGGUGGUGGUGGAUACACUAUAAGAAACGUUUCCCGAUGUUGGGCAUACGAGACUGCCGUGGUAGUUGAUAAAGAAGUUCCUAUAGAACUUCCACAUACAGAAUUCUAUGAAUAUUAUGGUCCGGAAUAUAAAUUACAUUGUCCGCCAAGUAAUAUGGAAAAUAUGAAUUCUCCCGAUUAUUUAGAGACCAUAAAGCUUAAAAUUUAUGAGCAUCUUGAUCGAUCGCGGCAUACUCCAAGUGUACAAAUGCAAGAAAGAUCAUGGGAUAAACGUAUUGUACCCGACAAUGAAUACGAAGAAUCAGAUGACGAAGAGAUGGAAGGCAAUGGCACCAAUUCAAGAAAAAGCAGAAUUCCAUAUGUCCGUACAUAUCGAUAUAAAUUACUAUACGACCAAUCGUCAAAAGAUAAACAUAAAAACAACAAUAAUAUCCACACCUUAGCUACGACUACUACUGCUGAGAUCGUUGACCAGAUGGAAAUAGAUAAUAUCCCUGGACCAAGUUCUGCUGAUGCUGUAGUACCACCUGUUAAUGUUGCAGCAACAACAACAGACGCUGCAUCAGAAUCUCAUACAGAUCAAGCAACAAAUUCUGUGACUGAAGAUCCCGCAUUAGCACCAGAUUCCAUGGUAGAUGGUGAUGAUGAUAACAAAAUUAAUACUACUACUGCGACAACAUCAGCUGCUACGACUUCUGCUAACACUACCAAUAAUGAACUAUCAUCAUUAUCAUCGUCAACAACAACUGCUGAUGCACCUACAGUUCCAGCUCCAGUAAGUAUAGCUAGUCCCAAUGAAGUCACCAUUGUUACUACUGCUACAAAUCAAGAAAGUAAUCACCUUCCGGAAACUGAAUAG